UUUGAAUUGUUUGUGGUAGAGAGAGUGAGAGUCUUUAGAAACAUAUUUGCGAGGUAACUUUUUUCGAGUAUCCUGUUCGUUGAGGAGGUAUUCUCUAGAAGUUGAUGAGUGCUCUCCUAUGAUAAUGGGAAACAAUGCCUAUCCGUUUCUUGAAAUGUUUCACAAAAUAAAGAAACAUUUGGGAAAACUGUUUAUCUCUCUCUCAGGCUUGCCUUACUCAAUUCUUCACAUGUUGUGAUAGUUUUUUUUUUUUUCCUCCGCUCUAGCAGAUAAGAGAAACAUCGCCAAGAUCUAGAUAGAAUAACUUAGAUACUUGGUAUUGGAAGUGAACCGAUUUUCCUAAUUGAUUGUUUAUAAGCUAACCAAAGAUUUCUAUAAUUAUGCUCUCCCCUUAGCUGCAGCCAAAUGGAGAGUUCUUCUUUUGUAAUCAAUAUGCUUUGUUUCUUAUCCAUAAGAAAGAAAAGAAAAUGUCAUGAAGGUAAAGGUUCAAAGAAGGGUGACCACAUAUUUAAAUUUAAUGGGAAUCUUGUAGGGUUAUGCGAUUACCAGCCAUAAUAUGUGUAAACAAGUACAAACAGAGAUAGUUAAUGCUUGUAUGUACAAACAAAGAGCUGCCUAAUACUUGUAAGCUAGUGCAAUUUUUGUAUGUAGAUUAUGGAAGCGCUGGCUUUACAUGGCCAUGGCUUCCCUUCUCCCCAGGUGCCUGCUAGAUUGUGAAAUGAUAUGGCAAGCAAGUUACCUUUUGAAAUUGGGCAACUGGUAGAAUCACGUUGCUUUCUCAUUGGUUAUCGUGGUGCUUGGUUCCGAUGUAAGAUAAAGGACAUUGCCUGGAGAAUGGGGAGUCUAUCGUAUGAAUUGGAAUUUGUUGACUUUCCUGAUGAAGAAGUAGUAUGGACAAAGCCGUUUCAAAAACCACCUGCUGCCUUUGGUAUCCCAUCAACUGGGCCAAAAGGGCAGUUGAUGGUGCGUCCUCAGUUUCCACAAGUAUAUCGUGAAAAACAAUUAUCUGAUAGUACCAACUCUCAGCUAGAGGUGACUGUUGUUGUGAAUGAUGUCUGGAAGGUGGGGGAUUUAGUUGAUUGGUGGAAGGAUAACUGUUAUUGGUCUUGCAAAAUAAUUGCAAUAUUGGGAGAUGAGGAGGUCAAGGUUGAGCUGCUUCCCCCUCCAUUUGGUGAAGGAUCGGCUUAUCAUGCCUCCUCCAAGGAUUUGCGGCCAUCCUUAGACUGGUCUCCGGGAUCUGGUUGGACGGUCCCUGAUAUGAAGGUGAAUGGAAGUGCUCAAUGUGCUCGGGUGCUUAACAAUGGAAGUGUAGCCUCGAGACCCCAGAACGUGAGUCAAGGAAAUGACAGUGAAGCCGCAGCUGGAAACUCAAAUGCAUCGUUAGAUUUACAGGCUAGUUCCACGCGACCUAUUCCUGCACCAGCCAGAAAGUCCAAGCGAAUGUACAGCAACACGGCAUCGAAGGGGAAACACGAACACACACCAGAAUUAAGUUCCGAUUCGAACCGUGUGAAUACAGUAGCCAAGAAAAAAAGUACAUCGGACAAUGACUCGAGUUCACCUACUCGAGAACGAAGCACGACAACAGAAACUCGAGGAACAAAAACCGAUGCAGAUGGAUGUAGUGAUGGUCAGUCUGUAAAGAAGAUGGUACCCAAUGUUAGUUUAAAUUCCAUGCACCAUGGUUCAUUAGAAGAUGCAAUUUUGGACUUGGAAGAGCUGAUCAACAGGAUUAAAUGGAUCAAACAAAUUUUGGAGGGUGGAACGGCUUUGCCAAAUGCUUCAGGAUCUUCAUGGAAAUUUCUGGAACACCGAUCCUCAUCUACACCAAAAUGAAUGCAUCACAAGAAUAGAAGGUAUUUUCACGAGUCUAUGGCAUGAACUCCCUUUUGAUUGAAUGGUUUAGAAAUGUUAGGCUUAACUCGGUAAAAGCAUCACUACUUGAGAAAAUUGCAGAACGCUCUCAGUUAUCUCACUAAAAUUUGAUGCAUCUCUCAGUUACCAACCAAAAGUAUUUCAGCUUAAAAAUGUAGUUAUUCUCAUAUAUAUGUGUGUUUAUUUGUGGAUUAGUUUAUGUGUCCAUAUGAAAUUACUGAAGCUAAUUUUUUUUAGUGUUAUAUUCUUUUAGAAAA